AUGGAUGCGAGUUUCAUACCUCUACUCAUAGCCUGUUUCCUUCUGGCCUCGUCCUUCACCAUUGUUCACUCUCUCUCCAAACCACCUCUUCUUGGAGUUCACCCACUCGAUGAGCAGUACUUUGCUUCAGAGGUGAUCAAGUGCAAGGACAACUCCAAGUCCUUCAGCAGAGAUCGCCUCAAUGACAAUUUCUGUGAUUGUGUUGACGGAACCGACGAGCCUGGAACUUCCGCCUGUCCUGCAGGCAAAUUUUAUUGUAGAAAUAUAGGAAGUACACCACAAUUCCUAUUUUCAUCUCGAGUUAACGACCAUUUUUGUGAUUGCUGUGAUGGAAGCGACGAGUAUGAUGGUAGUGUCAAUUGUCCAAACACAUGCAUAAUGGGCGGGAAUAUUGAGUACAAAACUGACCAUCGCUUCUCAAGAGCUGGGGAUCUAGGGCAUGUCGGUGCAAAACAAGCCAAAAGUGGAGUUAGUUUGGAUGACUUGAUUCAGAAGCUUAAAGGUUUGAAGAUAUUAAUAAUCAUACAAGUAGUUAUUACUAUUAUUGUCGUGGUUUUCCGGAUACUCCGUCGUCGUGCCAGAUCUAAAAGAAGGCGUUACCACAAAGUCCUUCGUUUUCGUUUUUGUCCUAAAGAAGGAAUGAGUCCUGGUGUUAUUAAGAAUGAAGAAGAAUUCGUAGUUUCCCACCUUUCAGGAAGCUUGGCUGUAGAGAAAAUUAGCAUCAACUUUUCUAAGAUAGUGUUGUUUUACCAACUAGCUCUUGGUCUAGUGGUUUCUUCUUCAGUAUGUGAAAAGCUGACCAUGUCAUCGAUUCUCCAGCUACCUUAUGUUAACAUUGUUGCAAUGAUCAAAUUCUUCAGAGCAGCAAAGUUUUGCAGAUCCUUUCUUCCUCUACAUUGUCGUCUCCUCCAAUAUUGUUCCAUCUACUCAAUCUCUUCAUCACAGAUGCUCCAAGAAACUAUAAAAAAUGCAGUUGAAGCCAAAACCUACCAGAAUAUUCCCGAUCUUCUCAAAUCCUCUGCUCAAGCUUGCCAAAACCCGAAUCCUUUCUCAUUCCUUUCAACCUUUCCCCACAACCUUAGAACGCAAGUGGUUGAUGAAAUUUUGCAGUCUUUCAUCCCCCUAAGACCUCGCUCUCGGACUCAGAUUGCCUAUUCCUACCUCCUGUCCUUUACACUGCAAUGCUCCAAUCCCUUCCCUCUUGCUCUUGCCAUCCUCCAACGAACUCUUCGCUCUGGUUGCAUUCCUGUCCCCCAAACCCUUCUUCUCCUCUCUUCUGCUUGGCUGAACUGCCGGAAUGAAUCUCACUCUGUCUCUAAGAUCCUAUUAGAAAUGCAGUCAAUUGGAUAUCAUCCGGACAGUGGUACAUGCAACUACCUUAUAUCGUCUUUGUGUUCUGUGGAUCAGUUGAAUGAGGCAGUGAAAGUCUUAAAGGAAAUGAGUAAGGCAGGAUGUGUUCCUGAUUUGGAGAGUUUUGACACGGCAGGGGACGAUUGCAAAGUGGCAGCAGCAUUGCGAGCAAACAGAGAUAUAUGGAGAGCAGUUGAGAUGAUUGAGUUCUUAGAGAGGGAUGGCUACCCUGUCGGCUUUGAGAGCUAUGAGUUGGUGGUUAAUGGGUGCUUGGAUUGUGGUGAGUAUAUUUUGGCGGGGAAAGUGGUGAUGGGGAUGACAGAGAGAGGUUUUAUACCUUAUAUUAGGACCAGGCAGAAGGUUGUUGAGAGGUUGGCUGGUGCUGGUGAAUGGAAGCUGGCUUGUUCUGUGAGGCAAAGAUUUGGAGAGUUGAGGUCUUAG